AUGCCUAUUGAAGACAUAAAGCAAGAUAAGGUACUAUGGCUUUCUGCAAUCAAUUUUGGUUUUAAAAUGGCAAAAAAGAUCAAAAAACUUAAUCAAGAAUUAGAUGAAAUUGCUAAGCAUAAUGUUACGUUUCAGUUGGAUCAGACUAGCAGCCAUGAUAGCACUAAUUUUCAAAAUAUCGGCCAACAGAACAGGUUAACUUCUUUUGUAGGUGAUUUAAAAAUUGUUGGAAGAGAUAAAGAUAAAUCACAUAUAAUGAAGAUGUUAUUGAUGAUGGCGAACCCUUCAUCCCCAUCAUCAUCAUCUGAAAAUAAUAGUCCACCAGAAAAGAUUUCAGUCGUGUCAAUAGUAGGAAAGUUCAUGAACAGAUUAGUGGGAAAAAAUAUCUGUUUGGUGCUGGAUGAUCUCUGGAACGAGGAUGCAGAUGAUUGGGAGAAACUUAAGGGUAUUUUGAAUUUAGGUGCUCAUGGGAGCAAAAUAUUAGUGACUACACGUAAAUACCAUGUUGCAUCUAUUAUUAGGGGUAUAAUUCCACCUUACAGUAUGAAAACCUUGUCUGUGAAUAAUUGUUGGUCUAUUAUUAAGAACAAAGCUUUUUCCCCUAGCGGAGCAUUGGAGACUCCAAGUAUGUCAAAUAUAGGAGAGGAAAUCGCUAGAAAAUGUGAUGGCUUACCGCUUGCAGCUCAUUUUCUCGGAAAUCUUAUGCGCUUGAAAAAAGACGAGUGUGAUUGGGUAGCAAUCAGGGACAACAAAAUUUUGAAUACACCAGAGAAUCCUAAUAAAAUAUUACAAAUCCUGAAAUUGAGCUAUGAUAAUUUACCCUCCCAUUUGAAACAAUGUUUCUCGUAUUGCUCUUUAUUUCCCAAACAUUGGGAUUUUAAUAGAGAAACAUUGAUUCAGUUAUGGAUGGCUGAAGGAUUCCUUUAUCUGUCUGAUGGUGGAAAUCAAAACUCACUUGAAGAUAUUGUACACGAUCUUGCACAAACUGUUGUUGGUAGUCAUGAAGUUACGGUUAUGAAUGUAAGUGAAAUGGAAAAUGGUGUAUCUGAUGUUCGUCGUCUGCAGUUUAUUAUGGAGGACGGGAUAUCAAAAGGAGCUUCUAAUGUCUUGAACGAAAAUGCAAAAAAAAUGCGGGCAAUCUUUUGUCGAGAUGUUCUUAAUCGUCUUGGCCCACUUAGAAACAAGCAAUAA